GUUUUAUAUAGGACAAGUUCUAGUGAACGUGAGCUAUUCAUGAGGUGACCGCGUCUGAAAUUAUAGAAGUGAACUUUGAGAAAUUUCAAAAUUCAAAUUUCUUGUUCCAACAAGUGGAGAAAUUCAAUGAUAUUUUGCUAAUAAAUGUCAAUAUUGCAGUGAAUGAUGAUAAUAGUUCUGGGUUUUGAGUCUUGAUUUGAGGAAGAGUUGCCGCAACCAUCAUUUUGCUCUGAGAAUUGAUCAGGAUUGAAACAAAUAUAACUGUUGACUGCUGACUGACUCCACUAUUGGUGUUAAAUAGUGAAUCUGACUAUAUUCAAUUUCUAUCUCCAAAGAACAUCACUAUGGAAAAUCAGCAAAUUAAAUAGUGGAAGCGGAGUGAUUUUCACACAUAGUCGAGAGCCAACGAUCUUUUUGAAGACAGAAGCCUCUGCUACUUACCAUUCCACAAUUUAUCAAAAAUCGUCUAUGAAAAGCGAGUUUGUGAAGUGAAUCUCUCAAAUAACCCAGUAAAAAUACAGGCAGACAAGCAGUAAGGUGUUAGUUAUACAGUGUUUAUACUAUAUAAUAACUGUUGUGAAAAUUGUGAAAGUAAAAAUACCUAUAAACUUUACAACAUAAAACUUAUACACUAAUAGUAGAAGUUGUACACACUUCAAAUUAAUAUUGAUAGAAGUAAUUUCACAUUAUAGACAUACUCCAAUCAAUAUUGACAGACUUUAAGAAAUAAUAUCGUCUAAAAUAAUUCAAUCUACAAUCUAAAUAAUUGACAAGUCAAAAUAAAUUUAUGAGUAAUCCAAACUCUGAAUAAUUGAUAGCUCGAAUAAUAUUAGCAGCUCCAAAAUAUAAGGCCUGGACUUUAUCUUAAGUUCCAUUCACCCCUUUUGUUGAAAAUUUCAAAUAACUUGCAUAAAAACUGAAAGCCGAACGGAGUAGGGAAAACACCCACAGCACACAUUCAUAUUCUUUAAAUUAAUAUCAUUAUUCUAUUCAUUUAUCGACCAAAAUAAUAAAGUCAACAUGCCAUUGGCCAUUGGAGUAGAUCUAGGAACCACUUACUCAUGUGUGGGGGUUUGGCAGCAGGGCAAGGUGGAAAUAAUUGCAAAUGAUCAGGGAAAUCGAGUUACACCAUCCUAUGUGGCAUUCACAGAAACAGAACGUCUGAUAGGCGAUGCUGCCAAGAACCAAGUGGCAAUGAACCCUGAGAACACAGUCUUCGAUGCCAAACGACUGAUUGGCAGACGCUACGAUGACCCUAAAAUUGCAGAAGACCUGAAACAUUGGCCAUUCAAAGUCAUCAGCGAAUCUGGGAAACCCAAGAUUCAAGUACAGUACAAAGGUGAGGAUAAGACGUUCACUCCUGAAGAGAUAUCAUCCAUGGUGUUGACCAAGAUGAAGGCAACGGCUGAAGCAUUCCUGGGGAGGAAGAUAUCUGAUGCUGUGAUCACUGUUCCUGCAUACUUCAAUGAUUCCCAGAGGCAAGCCACAAAAGAUGCAGGGGCCAUUGCUGGAUUGAAUGUCCUGAGAAUCAUCAAUGAGCCAACAGCUGCUGCACUCGCUUAUGGUUUGGACAAAAACCUGUCAGGUGAGAAGAAAGUACUGAUUUUUGAUCUUGGAGGAGGUACGUUUGAUGUGUCAAUUCUCACAAUUGAUGAGGGAUCUUUGUUCGAGGUGAAGGCAACUGCUGGUGAUACACAUCUUGGUGGAGAGGAUUUCGAUAAUCGGUUGGUUGACCAUUUUAGUAAUGAGGUCAAGAAGAAGUAUGGCAAAGAUUUGAGGAAGAAUGCAAGGGCCUUGAGACGUUUGAGAACUGCAGCAGAGAGAGCCAAACGUACAUUGUCAUCCAGUACUGAGGCCACCCUGGAGAUUGAUGCAUUGAUAGAUGGGGUUGAUUAUCACACACGAAUUUCAAGGGCCAGGUUUGAGGAGUUGUGCAGUGAUUUGUUCAAGAAGACACUUGCACCUGUUGAGAAGGCUCUUCAAGAUGCAGAAAUGGGCAAAUCUGACAUUGAUGAUGUGGUUUUAGUUGGUGGUUCAACAAGGAUACCAAAAGUCCAGAGCCUUCUGCAGAAUUUCUUCAAUGGGAAAACUCUGAAUCUUUCAAUCAACCCUGAUGAAGCUGUUGCUUAUGGUGCUGCAGUUCAGGCAGCAAUACUUUCUGGUGAUAGAAGUUCCGAAAUUCAAGAUGUCCUCCUGGUAGAUGUCACUCCACUAUCAUUAGGUAUUGAGACAGCAGGAGGUGUUAUGUCAACCAUUAUAGAAAGGAACACACGCAUCCCAGGAAAAAAGUCACAAACCUUCACAACUUACUCUGACAACCAAUCAGCUGUCACCAUCCAGGUAUUUGAGGGUGAACGAGCCAUGACUGUUGAUAAUAAUUUGCUGGGAACUUUUGAUUUGACCGGGAUCCCUCCAGCACCCAGAGGAGUGCCCCACAUUGAUGUGACCUUUGACCUUGAUGCCAAUGGAAUUCUGAAUGUAUCAGCCAAGGAGAACAGCACUGGGAAAACUAGGAAUAUUGUCAUCAAGAAUGACAAAGGAAGACUCUCCAAGGAGGAGAUUGAUCGGAUGGUGCGAGAUGCUGAAAAAUACAAGGCAGAAGACGACAGACAACGCAAGCGGGUCGCGGCCAGGAACCGGCUGGAGAGCUACGCGUUGAGUGUGAAGCAGGCCUUAGCCGAGGCAGGCUCACGCCUCACGCCGGCUGACAUCUCGUUGGCGGGCAACAAGUGUGAAGCGGCCUUGGAGUGGCUCGAGAACAACCCGCAAGCCACAUGUGACGAGUGCGAUGUGCGCAUGUCCGAGCUGCAGCGAGUGUGCUCGCCGAUCAUGACCAAGCUCCAUCGAGGGCGAGGCGACUCGAACGAGGGCCCCACUAUUGAGGAGGCUGAUUAGAUUUGUGGACGAAAAAUGUGGAAUUAAAUUUAUGUUGGACCGAUUAGGAGUAUUUUUCACAGUGUUAGAUUGGAUUUGUGAACAGAAAAUAUGGAGAUAUUUUAUGUUGGACAGAUUAGGAGCAUUUUAUGCAGUGUUAUUUUUAGCAAAGACAAAAAAGCUUUCGACCCAAAGGAGAGAACAUACAGGGUUCCUUCUUCUGUGCUUUCAAUUUCAACUCUAUAACUGUGUUGCUAGUAGGCUUGCUGAAAGCUAGCUGAAGCAAAAGCUGUUCAUUGAUUCUGACAUCCGUCUUUUACUACAUCAAUAGAGUAUCUAAUGAAUGCUACUGUUGUCUAUUGAAAGCCUUUGGUCAGUUGCACUUAUGUAUUUUGUAGUUGGAUUAUAAAAUUAUUAACAUUGUGGUUUUAUAUUUUUAUUGUUUAGAUGUUAUAAUUUCAAUACAGUUAAAUUUGAUAAAUGUUCACACAACUGGGAGCAUAUAAUGUCUAAUCAGUCAACUUUCAAAUCGCCUUGACAGGUAAACUGACAAUAUUAUGCACUACUAUAGUGAGAUCCCUGUUAUACAGUAAUGAUAGUAUUCGAUUAACAUUGGUGUUGCUAUUCUUGUCU